AUGGCUGCAACGAAACUUUUUUGGCCCAGACCUGACCGUCAGUUGAUGGCAUCGGCACACUUCUGUAGUGCUACUUCGUGGAGCAAGAAGCCGCCGUUGCUAGACUGGCCAAGAAAAGACCGUGGUAUAGUGCCAAAAUUGUUCGAUCUGGAAGUGUACUGGAAGGAUGUAGCGCAGAAGCAGCCUCCUCGUGAUGUUACCAGCUUCAAAAGAUACAGACCAAUGCUAAAUGGUUAUGACGUGAUUCAUCCGAUUGGUUGGGAUGCAUUCGGUCUGCCAGCUGAGAAUGCUGCCUGGGAAGUGGGUGCUGACCCUGCGCAAUGGACUGCAAGCAAUAUCGAAGUUAUGCGCGAACAGCUACGAAGUACAGGGAUCAUAUUUGAUUGGGACAGGGAAAUCUCCACAUGCUCUCCUGAUUAUUACAAGUGGACACAGUGGAUUUUUUGCCGGUUGUUUCAGCGAGGACUGGUUCGGCGGGCAUUAGCAGAGGUUUAUUGGGACCCUGUUGAUUGUACCGUUCUCGCUGCUGAACAAAUCGAUGCGGAAGGGCAUUCGUGGCGAUCCGGAGCACUUGCUGAAAAGCGUAAAAUGAAGCACUGGCUGGUGGAGACACCGAAAUAUGCUAAGCGCAUGUAUGAUGGACUGAGGAAACUAUCACGCUGGAAGGAAGUGGCCGCAAUUCAAGCGAACUGGAUAGGAAAUUGUGAUGUUUGGCGAUUUUUACUGCCGUUAAAGGGAGAAAAUGGCGUGCUGUUGGAUGAAAAGCUGGACCUUCGGAUACGAGAGCCACGUUGUUUGACCAGUGCUAAUGUGGUGUUCGUGCGUCGUGGUCAUCCUCUCAUUUCAUCUCUUGACGCUAAAGAAGAUAUUGGUGUUUUGAAAGUGACUGCAAUGAAUAUCGUAACAGGCAAAGAAAUGCACAUAAUAUAUUUGAAUAAUGAGGAUGCUGCCAAAGACGAAGCUGACUUCAUCCUGGAUGCAAGACUUCCAUCUAGCACGUUGCAGUCCGAUAAAGCGAUUAUGGAAAGCUUCGGAUUUUCGCAAGCAAACAGCUCUUCUUCACUCAGUAACAACGAUUUUGGAAAUUACGGUGGUUAUGAGACAAGUGACCGGUUGCUGGAUUGGGUUGUCUCGAGACAGCGAAAAUGGGGAACUCCAAUACCGGUGCUUUUGGGGGCCGAUGACCAAAGCGCUGUUGUGGUGGGCGAUCACCAGCUACCUGUCAUUUCUUCGCAGUGUAAAUAUGAUGAGAAAAUUCCAUGUGAAAGGUUGCCUGGUGGAUUUGGAUACUGGGAAAAAGAUACGUUGGAUACAUUUUUUGAUUCCAGUUGGUAUUAUUUAAGGUAUCUUGACCCAUGCAACAAUGCUGAGUUGAUCUCAAAAGAAAAAGCUGUGGACAUGCCGGUCGAUAUUUAUGUUGGCGGAGUUGAACAUGCUGCGCUGCACUUAUUCUUUGCUCGAUUCAUCUCUUAUUUUCUACAUGAUAUUGGAAUGACAACGGUGCUUGAACCAUUCCAUCGGCUUUUACCACAAGGCAUCGUUUGCGGUCGAACUUUUCGAAGGAAGGACACGGGCAAAUAUCUCGUUGAGGAUGAUGUUGUGCAGACUGGUAACGGCUUCAUCGUUAAAACCGAUGGCGCUGCAGUGGUCACGCAAUUCGAAAAGAUGUCAAAAUCAAAGCAUAAUGGUGUCGAUCCAUUGGAUGUGCUGAAAAUGAAAGGAAUUGAUUUAACUCGUUUACAACUACUGAAUGAAGCUGCACCGAGAGAGCCCAUAAACUGGGGUGACGUCGGUGCGCUUUUUUUUUUCAUAAAUAGUGUAUUUAAAAAGAAUUUUUGCAGUCACAGUACAUUUAAAAAGAUCUUUAAGAAAGAACUUUUGUUUGAAUGA